UUACCAUACGCUAGAUCUUUUAUAAAGUCAAGAUGAAUAUAACUUCGACGACAGAUGGGCCGGGGAUAAAAGGCACUAUGGCGAUCUUGAACUGCCUGCUAGCGAGGCAACUCUGCUUCGAAGACGCUUCCUGCUCCGCCAUCUUAGAAAUCAUACCUCGCGUCUGUGGAUCCGAGCUUGUGGCUUGCUCAACCGUUACGGUGACCAAGUGCCAAGCUGCUCUCCGUACCCUGCAAGCGUUUCCGUUCUUCAAGCCGACCUGCCUCUGUCGGGAACCAAACGUGGAUCCCGAAUGCAAUUCCUUCCGCGACUUCUUGUUCGACCAUCCCUGCGUGUUUGUGAUGAAGAAAGAGAAAGAUCCGUAUCCAGUUGAGACUCUGCCGACCUGCACGUAUGCCCUCAGCGUCUGCCACAACGAGAAAGCCUGCUCUGUACUGUUUGAACGCUUUAAGAACGCUUGCAAGGCCCGUGAUGGAGAAUGCCGUAUGGAAGACAGGGAAGCUUGCCGCGAAGCCUGGGCUGGUUUGCGCUUAUCUCCGCUAUUUGGUUGUAUUUGUCCCAAUACGCAUAUGAAGAAACGCUGCGACCGCAUCUUCGCUGUCGUCAACCACAACCCGUGCGUCGUAAAACUGAUGUCCGACGGACGCAUCGCGAAUCGGAAUGCAACGGGUGUGACGUCAUGGAUUGGCGGUAUGUCGAUAACGCAGGAUGGCAACCUAAUAGCGCCGGAUAAAAUAAUGACCCACGUUCACCGUUACUCGAGCCCCCACUACAAGCCCCACGGGCACCAUUACCACCGCUGGAAUCACGAACCGGGGGGAAGUGAAGACCCUCUGUACGCGACCAAGACCGUCUACGGACAGGGCUACAUUGAUGAAAACCAGAGGAUUGCCAAAGAGAACGGUAAAGCAGGUGACGAUAAGGUGGCGUUACAAUCAACAUGCCACGUGGCGCUGGAUACGUGCAUCAAAGACAGCGAGUGUGUGGCGUCCCUUACGCCGGUACUACAGAAAUGCCACGCCACCGAUUGCGACCGCGAAGGAUGUAUGGCUGCGUUGCGUGGAUUUUAUAGGAAACCAGGAGUGCAGUGGAAUACUGAAAUCGCCUUUUGUCUUUGCAAGAAAACCGACAAUAAAGAGGAUUCAUGCAUGAAUGCUCAAGAGAGGCUGCACCCAUCCUGCGCCCAGCGACCGCCGGUCGGCUCACCCCUCCCCGCCUGCCAUACCCUGGCGCAUGCUUGCCGAGAAGAUCCGGAGUGCAGGAUCCGUUUGGAGAACUACGAGCAAUGGUGCGCAGUGGACGCCGUGACUCAAGGUUGUGCUGGAUCCCCAGCUGCGUGUCGAGCUGCGGUGGUGGCUGUGCUUGGAACCCAGCUGAGAGCCGCUUGUGCUUGUAGAGGAACCGACUUCGCGCAACUUUACGAUUGUCUCGGCUGGCAGAGGCUAUUAUGGCUGAAUCCUUGUGUCGUUGAAUCUCAAAGCGACUACCAUGUUAAGACCUACGGAUCGCUGCAUACUACUACCCAUUUCGACAAUGGUAUCAGAUACAUCACUUUGCCCCCCGAGCCACCGAUCCACCAUCGUACGACCACUCACCACCAUCGCCAUACAACCCAACAUGGAACUUCCCAAGUGAAUAUGAUGCAGGAAAACCGAGAGGAACUCAGCCCUAUUACAACAAUGUCGGAGCAAACGGUGGGACCGAAUGAGGUUGCCCAAAUAUCAGAACCAGUGAUCGAAACAACAACGGCUACGACGACAAUCGCCACAACAACCACUACCCAAACAUCCACUCCUACUACUUCAAGUACAACAACAACAACGACAACGACAACACCACGUCCGACGACAACCUUAGAACCGGCGAAGUAUUGUAUUGUUCAGAAACCGGAGAGUGAUGAUCAAGCGCAAUAUAUUAAAAUGGGAGAGACGAGACGACUGUACCGCUCGGCGGAGCUGGCGGAGUGCACGGACCUGUGCGUGUGCGAGGCGUCGCUGCAGGUGUCGUGCAAGGUGGCGUGCGUGCCGCGCGCGCCGUGCUCGUCGCGCCUGGCGCACUACUCGCACGCCGCGCCCGCCUACCAGGCCUACCGCGGCCGCUGCUACUGCUACUCCGGCUCCUUCAUCUGCAUGCGCCCCAACCCCGGAGAAUAUAAGCUUCCAGAAGGAGUAUACCUAUUGCUCGGAUUUAGCGCAGUCGACGAGGCUCUCCUGCGACCACAUACCGGACUCGGUGCUGAAGAUGCCGUUCGUCUCCUUCAGCAAUACCUUCACAUUGUACAUCAUGGAGAAACAAAUUGCACCCUUACCCUGUUUAAUAUAAGCAAUGAAAACGUAAUAAUAUCCGCCAGCGUCCCGCAAAAAGAACAGGAUGCGCUCAGAGAAGCAGGCGAAGGUCUCCUUGAUAGAGAAAAGGAGGCGUGCAUCGACGUCUUAAAGAUCGUCAAGUCUCACAUCAACUCGCAACACGAAGACAUCUCGUCUCAUCUCCUUCUCUCUAUUUUCAAAAUUGCCGAAGUCGACGUCGUAUACCCCGCACCCCCUAGUUCUGCAAUUAACUCCAACGGUCCCAACAUUACCCUCUAUAUUAUGAUCUCCAUCCUCACCUUUAUCUAUAACUUACAACAAUUAAUAUCCUUCCUUGAAACGUUCAUAUUUUUCAAGAAUAUCGUCAAUUGUUUAACGAAUUUAAUGAAUAUCAAUAAGGUUAGCACAAAGCGAUUCUCACCUUCUAAUUCAUUAGACGUUGUUCCUUUCACAGAGAAUUAUAUUAUAGAAGAUUUUGUAUCUAUUUUGGAAUGUUAUGAAGAAUUUAUUAAAUACGAUCCUGUAGUUGUUGUAAAUUGUAUUGAUACUUCGCACGAUGCACUCGCUUUAGAUAACGCACAAGUAAAACAUAUCACCGAAGAUAUCAUAGACGUAAGUGACUUAGAUGUAAAUAAGUGUAAGGAAACGAAACAUAUCAUAAAAGCUGUGAGUAUUACAAUAUCUACUAAUUUAAAUGAACUUGUUGCUAAUGCAAUUAUACCUAAAUAUUUUUCUAGAGAUGUGUAUUAUGAAAUUGGAUGUACUAUUAUAAAUUGGGAGAAGCUUUUUGGUGAAUUAUGUUUUGGAAAAAUCGCGUCCUCUUCUUAUGGGAUUGUAAAAUCCGUUAGCUUAGGACUGACUCUAGUAGUAGUAUGAAGACUGAGAUGAUAAACAUAUCAUAGUUAAGUGUAUUUCAUUUAUUUUCGACUUAGAACUGGUGCUUGUAGGUCGAUCUUAAGGCUGGAUUUUGUAAAUAAGUGUACUAUGCCUUUUACACGGUUAAAUUUCUUCUAUAUAUUCUUUUCUAUUACUUCAGUAUCUAAUGUUUAGGUAGUAAUAGCU